ACAAGUGCACCGAGUUGAGCUUCUUCUCAGAGACACGCGGCUGGCGACAGCGGAGCAGAGGCUAAAAUCCCCAGACGCUGGGUCUUCUGGGCUGGGCUUUCCCCGCCUUCCUGCUCUGUCUCACUCGCUCGUCUCCUGCGUUCUUGAUUUUACACGGGGCUCAGGAAACAGCUUUACCUGUCAGAGACAGAGCUCACGUCCUUUGCAGGAAGUGCACAGCCUCUGGUAUGGCAGACUUUUCUCUCCAGCAGAACUAAAGGACACUUCUCUGUGAAGGGAGCCUCUGAUACAUUGCCUAUAGCAAGAAGAAGGGGCCAACCUGAAGAAAAACAUGCCAUCUGCACUUGCUUUCGUCCUACUUGUUCUCAACAUCAGCCUCCUGAAGGGACAGUCACCACCAGGGAAACCUGAGAUCCACAAAUGUCGCUCUCCUGACAAGGAAACAUUCACCUGCUGGUGGAAUCCUGGGACAGAUGGAGGACUUCCUACCAAUUAUUCACUGACUUACAGCAAAGAAGGAGAGAAAACCACCUAUGAAUGUCCAGACUACAAAACCAGUGGCCCCAACUCCUGCUUCUUUAGCAAGCAGUACACUUCCAUCUGGAAAAUAUACAUCAUCACAGUAAAUGCCACGAAUCAAAUGGGAAGCAGUACCUCGGAUCCACUUUAUGUGGAUGUGACUUACAUCGUUGAGCCAGAGCCUCCUCGGAACCUGACAUUAGAAGUAAAACAGCUAAAAGACAAAAAAACAUAUCUGUGGGUAAAAUGGUCCCCACCCACCAUAACUGAUGUAAAAACUGGUUGGUUUACAAUGGAAUAUGAAAUUCGAUUAAAGCCUGAAGAAGCAGAAGAGUGGGAGAUCCAUUUUACAGGUCAUCAAACACAGUUUAAGGUUUUGGACCUAUAUCCAGGACAAAAGUAUCUUGUCCAGACACGCUGCAAGCCAGACCAUGGAUACUGGAGUAGAUGGAGCCAGGAGAGUUCCAUUGAAAUGCCAAAUGACUUCACCUUGAAGGACACAACCGUGUGGAUCAUUGUGGCCAUUCUCUCUGCUGUCAUCUGUUUGAUUAUGGUCUGGGCAGUGGCUUUGAAGGGCUAUAGCAUGAUGACCUGCAUCUUUCCACCAGUUCCUGGGCCAAAAAUAAAAGGAUUUGAUACCCAUCUGCUGGAGAAGGGCAAGUCUGAAGAGCUGCUGAGUGCCUUGGGGUGCCAAGACUUUCCCCCUACUUCUGACUGUGAGGACUUGCUGGUGGAGUUCUUAGAAGUUGAUGACAAUGAGGACGAGCGGCUAAUGCCAUCCCAUUCCAAAGAGUAUCCAGGUCAAGGUGUUAAGCCCACACACCUAGAUCCCGACAGUGACUCUGGUCACGGAAGCUAUGACAGCCAUUCUCUUUUAUCUGAAAAGUGUGAGGAGCCCCAGGCCUACCCCCCUACUUUCCACAUCCCUGAGAUCACUGAGAAGCCAGAGAAUCCUGAAGCAAAUAUUCCUCCCACCGUGGACCCCCAAAGCACCAACCCCAAUUUUCAUGUAGAUGCACCCAAAUCUUCAACAUGGCCGUUACUGCCUGGCCAAAACAUGCCCAAAUCUCCUUACCACAGCGUUGCUGAUGUGUGCAAGCUAGCCAGAAGUCCUGUGAAUACACUGGACUCUUUCUCGGACAAAGCAGAGGAAAAUGUUCUAAAGUUGUCUAAAGCCCUUGAGACUGGAGAGGAAGAAGUGGCUGAGCAAGAAGGGGCAAAAAGCUUCCCUUCUGACAAACAAAACACACCUUGGCCGCUGCUCCAGGAGAAAAACCCCACUGUCUAUGUUAAACCCCCAGAUUAUGUGGAGAUUCACAAAGUCAACAAAGAUGGAGUGCUAUCAUUAUUCCCCAAGCAGAGAGAAAACAACCAGACAGAGAAGCCUGGGGUUCCUGAAACCAGUAAGGAGUAUGCCAAGGUGUCUGGCGUUACGGAUAACAAUAUCCUCGUAUUAGUGCCAGACUCACGAGCCCAGAGCACAGCGUUGCUCGAGGAAUCAGCCAAGAAGGCUCCACCAUCGUUUGAAGCGAACCAAUCUGAGAAAGAUCUGGCCAGCUUCGCUGCAACCUCAAGCAACCGCAGACUCCAACUGGGCAGGCUGGAUUACCUGGAUCCUACGUGCUUCAUGCACUCCUUUCACUGAUAGCUAGACUUAUGGAACGAUUGGCUAAACUGUGAUUUCUCUUCAGGUAACACUACAGAGUCAUGAAGUAAUGUGGUCUGCUAGCAAAUGUUACAGAAUGUGGGUAUAAAAAAGAAAAAAAGAAAAACACUACUUCACUCCUUCUCACGCUUCUGUUCAUCGCUUGCCUCUUUUUAACAGCUGAUCUCCAAAACAAAUCAACUUGUUUCCUGUGAUCUGUAGUUUGCUCUUUGCAUAUAUAUAUAUAUAUAUAUAUAUAUAUAUAUAUAUAUAUAUAUAUAAAAUAGUGUUCAAUGAAAUUAAAAGCACAUCGCUUAUUAUUCUUGAGGGAUGGUGCCAACAGGUAUUAGCCUCUGCAAUAGAUCUGUCAUCUGACAAAAGGUAUGAUAUAGUCAAAAUGACUUAGCACAAGAAGAUGACAGAAGGGUUGAAAAUGCCAUGAAAACUGCUCUUAAGAACUGAGGGCUAAGCCUUUACACUCCUCUUUCAUUUUCACGAUGAUGGUCCAGAUAGUGCACUUUUUUGAAAGAAUACGUUCCAGGACACCAGCCAAACCGUUUACAUCAGUCGCUUUACCUUAAGGACCCAUUGCCUGUACGCAAAUGGGUUCAAGCCCCUAAUGCUUUCUUAAGGUGAUUCGAGUAUGUUAAGCCUGGGUUAUUCUGCUGAAACUUUAUUUUCUUCUAAGGCUUCUCGAGUGUAUAGUUUGGGUAAAUAAAAUUUUCUUACAAAGUAAGGCCAAUGAAUUCCACAUAGGGAACCAUUUCACAUGCUCUCCUUGCUUCAUUUGAGCAGGGCGUGACUUGUUAUAAACCCGAGUAUUUUCUUAGUAGAAAAAAAAUUUCCCAAAGACUAACUUUAAUCUAAAAGGUAAUCAUUGCAGGACUCUAAUAGGAGUGUUGCCUUACUGUACAUAAAAUUCUACUUUAAUACAAACCCGUAAGUUUCGCAAUGUAUUUUUGAAGACUAUUUUUCUAUCGCUUAGGUAAAGUAAAGACUAUUUUCUAACUUCCCAGUACUGCUGUUUACGUAUUCGAGUGAGUAGAGUAAUUUCUGCUGCCAAGUUACAAUGAGUAUUCAAAGUUGUUCAGUAUAUGCAGUCCCUGUUAAACUGAAGUGCCAGGCAACCCAUUGCCUAUUGAGGAAUGCGAAGUGGAUGAAAACACCAAUUGAGUACAAUAGAGUAAAGUUUAUCUGAUUAUUUUUAUCCCCAGGAUACUUCAAACAGCAACCAUCACUAACUUUGCGUUUUAGAGCUUUCCAUAGACCUAUUUCUCCCAUGAGCUUAGGGCUUUGCCCACCUAUGAGUGAAUCUCACAAACCACCAUGAACAAGGGUAGUGGUGGCGGAUGAGGGUUUCCAAGACAGAAAUCUGACUUUGUUUCAUUUACUUUUAUCCUGAACACAAAAGGAUUUUGAGCAAAAUCAAACGUCAGCAUCUCCUUGGAAUACAUCCAUUUGUAAGAUCUUGGCAGAGGCUGUGCUUGCGUCAGGGAUGUUAAGAUAAAAGUUUUAGGGAAGCAAGCAUCUGCCCAGUGAUAAGAACAGUUUUAAAGGUCAGGGGAUGGUAGAAUCGGCAAGGCAAGUCCAAGGGCAGGCUUCCUGAGAAGGUUCAAAGCAAAGCCUUGGAUCUCUAACAGCAUCUGUGAUUCACUCUCCCUCCACUUCUCACCUAUUGGCAAAUCAAGUCUCUGUCCUUUCACCGACUGAAUAUAAAGACUCUGAACUCUGCUCUGGUAGAAGCAGGACUCAAAGAUUCUCCAAUGACUGAAAGGAAACCUAGAGCCAACGCUUCCAGAACUCCAAAUGCAAACAGCCAAAGCUUAUAUUCCUAAUACAUAAAGUAUCUUGUGAAUGGCAGAAGCAUUUGAGAAAAAUUAUCCAGGCUCAUGCAAUACCCUGAAGCCUCCAUACUGAAUGUCUGAGAACCAACUGCAUCACAUGGGCACUGCUUGGAAAUUGUGUUUGCAGCUUCUUAAGCAUUUUCGAAGACAUACAGAAUUGGAGUCUGAAUUUUACUGCAUUUACUACGCUCCCAGAUAACUCACAGGCAUGCUCGAGCUGGAGAAGCAUUUUUUUUCUAUGAUCAUUUUCAUGAAAAAUUAUUUUUCUCUCUGUUGCAAAGGAUGGAGCAAGCCUAUUUCACUCAAAAUGAGCAACACUGUACGUAAAGAGAAAACAAAAA